CAAUUAAAAAGAUUUUCAUAGUAUACAAAUUUUGUUGAGCAUUGUAUGACUUUGUGUAUAUUGGCAUUUCUGCUUCAGACAGACGACAUUCCUCGAGGAGUUGACUGUUGAUGUUGAUGCACGAUUGUUAAAAACAUAACCUCAACUAUCUGCCGAUUGCCAAAUUACAAAUUUGCAGAUACAAUUGAGAAAUGGAUGAUGAUCAGGGGAAUGCAGAGAAGAUUAUUAAAGAAGAUGCCUUAGUAAAAUCAGGAAGUGACACUGAAGAAAGCAUUGAAAUGAAACAGGAAAGUGAAGUGAAAAACUCAGAUGCAGAUCAUGCAAAGUCUGGAACUCUGGAGCAAAGCUCUACAGCGGAGGAUAAGGAUAAAAUGGCUCCAGAAAACCAAGCUCUUAAUGAAGAUAAUUUACAUUACGAGGAUGGAAUCUGCAUCUACACUGAACCUGAGUCUAAGUGUCAAUUUGUUUGGGAUGACGUCAAAAAAGAAUGGGUGGCAAGAGACUCUCCUGGUUCAUUCUCCGACAAGGAUUAUGAAUAUGAUGGGAAAACGUACAAGUAUACUGACAAAGAAACUAAUAUUGAGUAUAUUUGGGAUGUUGAUACGAAUGAGUGGAAAGAAGUAAACAAGGAGAAGAAAGCUGCAAAGAAUGUGGAUGAAGAACAAGACUCUGAUGACGAUGAAGAUAACCAAGAUGAUGCGAAAAAUAAAUCAAAAGAGAUCACAAAGCAGGAUAUGUCCAAAGGUCAUUAUGGGUAUGAAAAUGACACUCAUACAUACACAGACCCUUCUGAUGGAUCAAAAUACUUUUGGGACAAGGAGAAAAAUGCUUGGUUUCCUAAGGUUGAUGACGACUUCUUAGCGCAGUAUCAGAUGAGUUAUGGAUUUGUUGAUCCUACUGAGGACAAGCCAUCAGAAGAACAGAAGCCAGAGCCGCCUCCACCACCGGCUGCUGACGCUGUCAAGAGGAAAGCCCCUCAAGAACCAGCAUGGUUCGAUGUUGGUGAGGAAUCAACGAAAGUGUAUGUGAGUGGUCUGCCUAUGGACAUUACGGAAUCAGAGUUUGUGGAUGUGAUGCAGAAGUGUGGUCUGGUCAUGCGAGACAUCGACAGCGGCAAGAUGAAAGUCAAGAUCUACCUUGAUCCCCAAACCUCUCUUCCAAAAGGAGAUGCUCUGUGCACUUACAUUAAGAAAGAGUCAGUGGAUCUGGCGCUGAACCUGCUGGAUGGGUAUGAUGUGAGAGGGCAUCGCAUCACUGUGGAGAGGGCAAAGUUCACCAUGAAGGGAGAUGCUUACAAUCCCUCACUGAAACCGAAGAAGAAGCGAAAGAAAGACAAAGAGAAGUUGAAGAAAAUACAAGAAAAACUGUUUGAUUGGCGUCCAGACAAGAUGCGAGGAGAACGCUCCAAGCACGAGAAGAUUGUCAUCGUCAAAAACCUGUUUGACCCGACAAUGUUCAACAAGGACGUGAAGCUGAUCCUCGAGUACCAGCAGGACCUGCGUGAUGAGUGUCUCAAGUGUGGAGGGGUCAAGAAGGUCGUCAUUUAUGAUAGACAUCCUGAAGGAGUUGCUCAGAUCAACUUCAAGGAGAUAGAGGCAGCUGAUGCAUGUGUCCAACUACUGAAUGGUCGCUGGUUUGGCCAGAGAAAAAUAACUGCGGAGACUUGGGAUGGCAAGACCAAAUACAAAAUGUCGGAGACCGAUGAACAGAUUAAAGCUAGACUGCAGAAGUGGGAAAAGUUUCUGGAGUCAGGUGAAUCUGCAAGGGAGGAGCAAGAAAAAAAGGAAGCAGAGAAAAGGCCUGAUACUAAGUCAGUAAGUGAAGAAGAAAGUGUGAACAAAGAAGAAACAAAAGUAGUCUCAAGUGACAGGGACAAGGUGAUGAGGGACUCUGAUGAAGACACGAGAAGUAGUGUUGGGAGUGAUUAUGAUACGGAUGAUGAUAAAUAAAGACAGUAAUUUAAGAAAGAUUGUAUUUUUAAGUCAUUUUAAAUAAUGUUUAUAAAAUGCAAUAUAAAUUAUUAAACUUGAAGUUUUAAAAACUAA